CUCAUGUCCCGCCUCCUGUCCUCACACGCUUUAAACAAGCUGCCUGCUCCUGUCUUCAGUGUUUUCACGACUUCUGCCAUUGCUUUGUGAGGAGAGUUUACUGCUGCCACACACUGUAGAACCAUGGUUCAAGCUAAGAAAUGGAUAAUGACCAAACACUUUGAUGGCUUCCCAAAGCAGAGCGACUUUGAGCUCAAGGAGGAGAAGCUGCCUGAGCCCACAGAUGGACAGGUGCUUUUGGAAGCUGUGUUUCUCAGUGUUGAUCCGUACAUGAGGCCAUUCAGCAAGUUUGCCAUGAAGGAAGGGGAUGUGAUGAUAGGAACUCAAGUGGCCAAAGUGAUCCAAAGUAAAAAUGAAGCCUUUCCUGUCGGCAGCCAUGUUGUGGCUUAUUGCGGCUGGAGAAGCCACACCGUCUGCGAUGAGAAAGGACUCAUUCCCAUCAUUGCUGCCUGGCCGAAAGAUAUCUCACUGUCUCUGGCUCUGGGUACAGUCGGCAUGCCGGGGCUGACUGCUGUGUACGGGUUAGAGGAAAUCUUAGAGCUGAAGCAGGGUGAGACCCUGCUGGUGAACGCUGCUGCUGGGGCAGUGGGCUCCGUGGUGGGACAGAUCGCCAAGAUCAAAGGCUGCAAGGUGGUGGGUUCAGCAGGGUCUGACGCCAAAGUAGCCUACCUCAAAGAGCUGGGAUUCGAUGUGGCUUUCAACUACAAAACAGUGGAUUCUCUGGAGGAGGCCCUGAAGACGGCUUCUCCUGAGGGAUACGACUGCUUCUUUGAAAAUGUGGGAGGCCCUUCUUCAACUGUUGCUUUGCAGCAGAUGAAGGACUUUGGAAGAAUAGCUGUGUGUGGAAAUAUUUCCACAUACAAUGACACUGCACCCCAGACAGGGCCGUACCCCCAGAUGGUCAUACUCAUGAAGCAGCUUAAGAUGGAGGGCUUCAUGCAAAACAGGUGGCCGCACAAGAAUGAAGAGACCCUCAAGAGACUGAUGGCUUGGGUGAAAGAGGGCAAAGUGAAGUGUCGGGAGCACGUCACAAAAGGCUUUGAAAACAUGCCAGCUGCUUUCAUGGGGAUGCUGCAGGGAGAAAACAUCGGCAAGGCCAUCAUCGCAGUCUGAAGCGAAACACUAUUCCAAUGUAGAAGAAUCACUAUUACUGAUAACUGACAUGAUUCACGCAUGAAGGAUGGAGCAAUAGACAUAGAAUUAAUCAAACAGCUUCGUAUGAAUGUCUCAAUGGAGUUUUGUAUUCAUGAACUCUGGGCUCUAAUCUUACAGUUUAGUAAUUUUAGCAUUGCAUCCUAUGUCACUGUUGGAAUUAAAUCUUCUCCAAAUAUUGUGAUUUGGUAGGUUUUAAUCAAUGGUAAGGCUCACAGCAAUGAAUGAGAUAUACAUUUUGAAACAUUAGCAGCAGUUUUGGAAAACAUUUUGACAGUUUGGAAAGCGCCACUAUUGUCAUUGUUCAGGAGAGACCAGAAGGAAAAAAUUCUAGUCAGACGACACAAGACUGUUAUUCUGUUUUGCCAGCAAGUCCCUGAAUGAGCAGUGUGCAUCUGUUGCGGAUACAUUUACAGAUUAUUCGCUGUAAUAUACCUUACCAGAUGUCUUGUGUUUACAGCAAUCUUUUGCAUGCAUAAUAAAAAAACGUUGGUGCUUUUUUAGCAGAAAACACA